AUGGAAACUUCAAACCAAACUUCUGUGAGCAAAUUCUUUCUUCUCAGCCUCUCAAACAUCCCAUACCAGCAGGUAAUUUUCUUUUUCCUGUUGUUGGUGGUCUAUAUAAUCACAUUGUCUGCAAAUAUUACACUUAUCACAUUAGUAACAGCUGACUUUCGGCUACAAACACCCAUGUACUUUUUUAUCAGCAACCUAUCCUUUAUAGAUAUUUGUUUCUCUUCCACAACUGUACCAAAGAUAUUAGAGAACACCUUAAAUCAAGACAAAAGCAUUUCGUUCAUAGGAUGUGCAAUUCAAAUGUUUUUCCAUUUAGCACUGGGUGCAACAGAAUGUAUAAUAUUGGCUGUCAUGGCUUAUGAUAGGUAUGCAGCUAUCUGUAGACCAUUAAGUUACAACACCAUUAUGAACCAAAAGAUCUGUAUUUAUCUGGCUGCUGGAUCAUGGAUUAUGAGCUUUUUAAAUUCUGCUCUCCAUGCAUUCUUUACCUUCCAACUUCCAUACUGCAAGUCAAACUUAAUAAAUCACUUUUACUGUGAGAUGCCUCCUCUUUUCCAUCUCUCUUGCAGAGACACUUUGUUCAAUGAAAUAUUAGUGUAUGUUUCUGGUGGGAUUAUAGCCCUUUGCUCAUUUUUGCUGACUCUCCUUUCUUACAUCUACAUUAUCACAUCCAUCCUCAAAAUUCACUCUAAUAAAGGGAAGUACAGAGCUUUCUCCACAUGUACCUCUCAUCUUACAGUGGAAUCAAUUUACUAUGGAACUAUCAUUUUCAUGUAUUUGCGUCCCCGCUCCAAGUACUUUCUUGCUCGGGACAGAAUGGUGUCCAUUCUUUAUACAGUUGUAACUCCUACACUAAAUCCCAUCAUCUAUAGUAUUAGGAAUAAAGACAUCAAAGGCUCUCUGAAAAGACAACUAAAAUUGAAAACAUGUGGCUAUUGUGUUUAA